AUGGGGGACGUCCUGGAGGAAACCCCCUCAAGUCAAGAUGACUCUCGACCGCUUAACCCAACCCCAGAACACCGGGAGGUCACAAACCAAGCAAGAAUAGCGAGUACUGUCCAUCACACGAACGACCACGUCGUCACGGACCAACGACAUCCCGAGAAAGCUAGGGACAAAGCGGCACAGAUCAUCCAGGAUCUCUGCCUUCGGGUUCAGGAGCUCGAAGGCAAACUGACUAAUAGAGAAAAACACAACAACGAACACGGAAGUCAAGCAACUUCCAGGUCAAGAUCUCGCUGCGGCAGGUCGCCAACCCGACGACCCGAUAAGAGAGACGGUCGCAGCGCCUCACGAGACCACGGUCACGAGAAAUCGUCGGAACGGCGGUACAACAAGAAACACAACCGCAGCACUUCCCGAGAUCUAAGUCGACAACAUGACUCAGACGAAGAUCGGAGAUACCGAAAUACCAAGCGCACAAGAAACGACCACACAAUAAUGGGAGCUACACCCUUCACAGAAAGAAUCUUGAGAGCAAAACUCCCCAAAGGAUUCGACAAACCGACCGACAUGAAGUACGAUGGGACCAAGGACCCCCAGGAACAUCUAACGGCCUUCGAGGCCAUACGAGAUGGCAAACUCCCAGAAUUUGCCAAAAUCAUCAAAGAACCAAGACGCGCGGAAAGAGACAGGUCGCCGGAAAAAGACGGGCGUAACCCGAGAACCCAAAAGCAACCGCCCAGGGAAAGCCCAGAAGACGACCCGACCAUCAUCGUAAACGUCAUUAUGGGUAAGGACAUAUCGAGCAAGUCGAAACUAACAAUGAAAAAAGAUCUCAAAGUAAUGGCGGUCAGAAACCAGACUCCAACCAUUGCGGCCGACAACACGAUAACCUUCUUACCAGAGGAUUGCCAGCACGGCCCCUCGGCUGAAGACGCCCCCUUCGUCAUCUCGGCUAGAAUCGGAACAGGACUAGUACGAAGGAUACUGUUUAGAACCGACGACGGCUCCGUCGGUACCAUCCACGGGGACCGAGAAGUCGCAGCCGAAUGCGACAACACCAUCCUAGCCCUAAGGAAGAAAUCCUGA